ACAUCAAAUAUGUCUCUUGAUUUAAACGAAUACCUUGAAAAUUUGUUGUUAGAACUUGGAGGACUUGGUCGCUUUCAGUUUGUGCUGACAUUAAUUGUUUAUGGAAGUAAAGCUACAAUUGCAUGGAGCACACUAAUGAUGUCAUUCGGUGGAGCUAUUCCGGAUUGGACUUGCACUUUGAAAACAGAUUUAGGGAAUGAAUAUAUUUCGAACUCCUCAUUUAUAAAUAAAUGUAGCUUCAAGAAUAAUUCAGAGGAUUUUCACUGUGACUCAAAGGCCUACGAUACGUCUAUGUCUACAAUCGUAAGCGAGUGGAAUCUUGUCUGUGACAGAGAAUGGAUAAUUUCAACAAUAACUACUAUUCAAAUGGGAGGACUUCUUAUCGGCGCAUUUAUUUCCGGUCAGGUUGGAGAUGUGUUUGGUCGGAAGCCAGCAUACUACGCAUCCAUUAUCAUUCUACUGAUAUUUAAUGUUAUUGCAGCAUUUUCUGUUAGUUGGCAAAUGUUUGCUGCUCUCAGAUUUCUAAUUGGUAUGGGAUGCGGAUGGUAUCUGACUAUUGACGUAACGUACAUGGCAGAAUUUACCCCUGCCAAAUAUCGUUCAUUUAUACUGGCGUUACCCAUGUGGCCACUCGGAACAGUGACAUUCGCAUUAUUUUCCUGGCUUCUACACGAUUGGAAGUAUAUUCAGAUAGCCUCAGCUAUUUUUUGUGUACCAUGGUUUAUUGGCGUAUGUAUAAUUCCAGAGAGUUACCGAUGGCUUGUAUCAGUGAAUAGAAUUGAUGACGCCCAUGACGUCAUAAAAAAGAUCGGUAAAAUGAACAGACGACCAGUUCUAAAGAAAGAAGAGCUGUGUAAAGUAGUAAAAUCAUCUAAUCGAAUAGAAAAGGGAAGAAAACGGACUUUUAUAGAUGUAUUUAGAAAUCGCUACCUGUUUAGAACUACAGUUUUGCUUGGUAUUUGUUGGAUAACAUGUGGUUAUGGCUUCUAUGCGAUAUCAUUUGGUGUCCAGCAGUUGUCCGGAAAUAUAUAUCUGAAUAUUGCCCUUUUAGGAAUGAUGGAAGCGGUUCAAUUGAUUGUCGCUUAUGCUACAAAUCGAUUUGGACGGAAAUGGACAACACUUGUAUUUUUUGUGCUUGGUGGACUAACAGGUCUAGCUGUUGGAGUUCUCCAAUUUCUUGAUAUUCCAGAAAAAGGAAGGUGGAUAAACGGCUUUGCUCUGACAUCAAAACUAUGUGUUUCCUGUGGAUGGAUGGCUUUAAUUAUAUUUACCUCUGAACUGUAUCCAACUGUAGUCAGAAAUGUAGGAUAUGGAAUAAAUAACACAGUUUCACGUAUUGGAUCAAUGGUGGCACCACAACUUGUGUACGCUAGUAAAAAUAUACCAGGACUUAUGUAUUUACUACUAGGUGGACUUCUCCUGCUCUCAGCGGCAUGUGUAUUACUACUGACUGAAACUAACAAUCUUGCUUUAAAAGAUACAAUAGAAGAAAUCGUUGAAAAGCCUCAUCGAGUGGAAAAGAAAAGCGAAAGCAAUCAUACUGAUGAGUAUAGUGAAGAAAUUAGUAACACAUUUACCAAAGACGAAAUAAAUACACAUAUUUGAAUAUCGUCUUAUACAGUUGUCAAUGUUUUGUAUUUACAGUUUUUUUGUUAUUCUGCAUAUGUU